CACAGUCUGUUCAAUCACAUCAACGGUCAUACCAUCCUGACUUGCAGUUGUGCGUAAGUGCUGGGCUGUUGGAACAUAUGGCAUCUAGUAUCAUUCGCCCUGGAAUGAUCGAAGUGAAUGUUGCGCUUCUAAAUGGAACCUAACAAACAGGAACAUCUCCUUGGAUAUGUCGGUUUCAAAGUGAUGUUUGAGCGGUGCUCCGCGCUGGAGCCAUGUCUAAAAGAAGGGAAGAAGAACGUGAUGCACUCUGUCGGCCUUGGGCCUGACAGGGAGGGCAGUCCACGUGUGAAUGUCGAACGGAUCUUGCUUCCUCUCAGACAAAGCGGCGAGUUAGCUCCAUGCGUGAUCGAGAAUGCAGAAGAUGAGCAGCAGGAGAUACCGGUGGUUCAAGUGCAUGGAAUUGAAGCCACAAGCUACCGAAGAUCCGAGGUUCUAUCUUUACUGGAGAACGUGCAGGCUCAGGCAGUCUGCUAAUCAUAAAUAUCAAUUUUGUUACCAACACUAUUCUGGUACUAGCUUUUUAUUUAUCUGGGCCUGUCGCGUUCGAGUUAAC